GACCCAUUCAUUGUGCACUUAAAUUUCUUAUCAAGAAGUAUAACUUGAAAGCUCUGCUAUCAAUCAAUGUCGAUGUUAUAGUUAGUAAGAUAAUGGCAUCUCAAAUGGAAAUUGAUGACGAUGUCGUUGAUUUAAGUAUAUCAAGCAGUCGUACAAGUCAAUCACUGAGAGAUGAACCACUUUCCUUAAAAUGUACUCAGCCAGAUGAAGCUCACAUUCAUAUGAAUGGGCAUUUGGUUAAUGGUUUCUCCUCAACUGGCAAUGAUUCUUCAGAGGAAAGUGAUGAUGAUAUGCCCCUUGAACUCCCACCAUCCCCUAAGGAUGUGACACCACCUGAAGAGGUGCGUGAAAGAGAAAAACUUGUUAGAGUUUUAAAGGAAAAUCUCCGAACAGAAGAAAUGACUUUGGUGCUGUUGAAGAAAUUGCAACAGUCGCAACAAAUUAACCAAAUUCCUCAGAGUGUCACCAUAACGCCUCAGGCAGCUCAUACUAAAGAUCAUUCUAAUUUGUUGUCAUCCCAAUUGCCGACUGGGAAGUCAGCUCAACCACCAAUGCCUCAUGUACCUCAUCAUGCAAAACCACCACCACCCCCAUUAAAUCGCUUGCCAUCGUCAUCAAGAUCUAAUGUCCAUCAAUCUCACCAGUCUAUGUCUUCAAAUCCCUUAAUGGGUUCAAGUAGAUUACCUCCUUCCAAUGGUCUACAAAAUUUGCAGAGGUCAUCCAAUGGUCGAUCAUCACAUUCUGCACAUUCGGCACAUUCAGCGCAUUCAUCACCUUCAAUUACACUUGAACGAGUAAUGAAAGACCACCAUUCCUCCAAUACUUCCCAAUCGGAACGUUUGAGAAAUGAUGAUGGUCAAACACCUGCUCAAAGGCAAGCUGCUGCUAAAUUGGCCCUUAGAAAACAAUUGGAGAAAACACUAUUACAAAUUCCACCACCAAAACCUCCACCACCUGAAAUGCAUUUUAUUCCAAAUCCAUCAAACACAGAGUUUAUUUACUUACUGGGAUUGGAACAUGUUGUUGAUUUCAUAACAAACGGUGAAAUGAUUGAAGCCAGCAUACCCAAAGAUCCAUAUAAGUGUUCUCAAUGUGAUUCAAACUUUACGCCGGUUUGGAAAUUAGAAAAACCUUCUAGAAAUAAAGAAUCUAAAAUUAUAUGUGAAUUGUGCGUCACUAGUAAUGUAAAGAAAUCUCUCAAAGCGGAACAUACAAAUCGACUGAAGACUGCGUUUGUGAAAGCUCUUCAACAGGAGCAAGAAAUAGAACAAAGGUUGGCUCAAGCAUCGCCGCCAUCUUCUGUUUCCCCAGCGCCUGUGCAUCCAAUUCAUAUAAAUCCACCAAUGCCGUCCGUGCCCAAGCCAGCGCCUGCACCGAAACGUAACCCAACACCUCCACAACCGCAUAAGAUGCAUCCUUCGGAUCCGACAGGUGGUAAAUUUAAUGCCGCAGCUGCAGCUCACCUUGCCCUCCAACAACAAAUGCUCAGAGGAUUAUCACCUCAUCCAGCAGCUGCCAUGUUGCAGUUUGCACCACUUUUGUAUCCAUACCAACUAGCCAUGGCGCAAGCUAGUGGAAAAAAUUCGGCUGCUGCGGUAGCCGCAAACCUUGCUGAACUACAAAGGCAAGCAGUUGAUUUGCAACGACAGUAUUUAAUGGAGAUGAUGCCCCAACAAGGCCAGUCCCGGUCUGCAUCACAAACACCCACGUCUGCGCACAAUUGGAAAUCAUGAUCCUAAUGAUUUAAGUAUACCAAAAUGCACGCUCUAUUGAUUUUCCAGUGACGUGUGACUAUCAACAUUAUUAUUAUUUAUAUAUUAUAUAUAUAUAAUUGCACCCGGGAGGUCUGCGCAGGCGUUUUGUACUCGCACUAGACAUGUUACGUGUUUUCUUGGACACGUCUUUAGAACUAUCAAAGUUGCCGGUUAUCAAUCAAUGCAUUCCAACAUGUGUGUACGUUCAUACUGUGUGAAUUAGCUGUUGUGCCGUAUCUACAUCAUUGUUAUUUAAGACUAGGAAAAUACAUAGCAUAUAAACAGCACAACACGUGUUGCCACUGUGCUCUCAACUGUGAAUGUGUUGUAUGUGAUGUCUAUGAAAUGGGUAUGGAAAAAAAUCAAUAAUAUACUGACAAGUCUGUACAUGUACACUUAACUAAUUCAUCAUUACUCAGUCAUUGUGCCGGACUCUAUUUUAUUAUUAUUAUUUUUAUAUUUUAACUUUCAAUUAUUAUUAUUAUUAUUAUUAUUAUUAUUAUUAUUAUUAUGAUUAUUAUUAUUAUUACGUUUCAGAGAAAACAUUUGUAACAAUGCGUUUGCGUUUGUACAAAAUAUUGUACAAAGUCACCUUGUAUCAAACCUAUUGUUUAUAUUGUUCAAUUAUUUUGUAAAUAAUCCAAGUAUAAGAUUAACCAUGUGAAAUCUAUGAAAAUUUUUUUUAAAAAAUGUAUAAACAAGAGCGUUGUUAUUAAUGCGUCUGAUCCAAUAUUUUCUUUGGUUUCAUAAUAUUUUAUUUGAUAAUUUUUUUUUUUUUUUAUGGAACCAUGUUUUUUUAUGAAUGUAUGUAUGAAGAAUAUUGUCUGAAUGUAUUUUUACUUAUAUAAUAAAACCGUUGUACGUUUUUUUUAGUCAAUUCUGUUCCCAUUUUGUUUUUACCUGGAUAUUGUAAAUAAUAAAUUGAUGGAAUAUUAGUUGUGCAAA